UGCAACUUUCACUUCCCACUUCCUUGUGCUUCAAGAAGCUUCUGAAGAGCAAGGCAGGUUUCACAGAGCCCUUGCUGGUGCAAGGCAGAGCAUAGCCCCUGGCUACAGCCCCAGAAGUCAGCCAGCGUCUCAGGAGACCCACAGCAUGGAGGACGACAGGAACAAUCUUCUCUCUGGUUCAAUUGCUGGUCCUAUAGGACAACCAGCAGGGGGCUCUGGCAACCGCAAGGCUGUCUACUCAGCUCUUUCUGUCCUGGCAGCUCUGCUCAUUGCCGGCCAGGCAGCCACCGUCUUCUUUGUGUAUAAUCACCAUGACAGGAUCACCAAGCUCAGCAUGGACACCAAGGAGCUGAAACUGGAGUCGCUGACCAACAAGCUCGCUCAGAAUUCCAAGCCAGGAAACAAGAUGAAGAUGUCCAUGGUCAAUAUGAUGCCCCUGGCCAUGAGAGAUGAAGAGUCUUUGGAAUACGAAGCCAAACUGACCAACAGCACUGAAGAUCAGGUGAAACGUGUGCUCUUGCGGGAAAAUCCUAUGAGAAAAUUCCCAGAAUUGAGCAGCAGCUUCAUGGAAAACAUCAGCCAGCUGAGGAAGCACAUGACUUAUGAGGAUUGGAAGGCUUUUGAAACCUGGCUGCACAAGUGGCUGCUCUUCCAGAUGGCCCAAAAUGAGAUGCCAGAAGAAAAAGUGAAAACCAAGUGCCAGCAAGAAGAGUGUGGUAAGGGUGUCCACCCAGGAAGAUUCUGUGCCCAGUGUGAUGAAAAGGGCGACUAUCUGCCUAAGCAAUGCCAUCACAGCACUGGGUACUGCUGGUGUGUCUACAAAAAUGGCACAAUCAUUGAGGGCACUAAAGUCCGUGGACCACUGGACUGCACUGGUAAAGGGAAAGGUGAACAUUCUGGAUGCUGAGAAUGCGACUUAUUUGGGGCUGGAGUUGAACUAGUGGAAUGCUCAAGAAAAUGGUGGACAAACAAGGAAGUCAACGCCAACCACAUCAGCUCAAGGAGCCCAACGUAUCUUCUUCAGUUUGCUCUAGUUUCUGCAAUGCUUUUGCAUCGAUUUCUUGAAUUAGAUUAGCAGCAACCAUUUCUAAAUGCCUUGGCUUAAGCAUUAGCUUUAAUGGAAAAGGAUAAGGGUGGGGAUAGUGAUUACAUUUCAUUGCCUGCUGCGCUCAGCCUUGAUUUACCUUUUCAGAAAAUGAGAAAGAGAAAAGCCAUUCAGCCUUUGUACAAGACCCAAAAACCAGGGUAGUUACUAAAUUUGUUGGACAACUAAAAUAUAUUAGAAAACAGAUGAAUAUUCAAGCCUAGUGGGACCCUUUGCAUAGUAUUCUAAUGUUUUAGUGACCCAAUACUUUUCGCCCACCCUCAUUUUUUAAUUUCUUAUGAAACUAACUCUUAUUAAGACCUCAAUAGAAAAACAACUCUGAGAGAAAAAUAAUCUUUCCUUUGAUAUUCAACUAGUUACUUCUGUGUGGCCAUUUACACAAAUGGGUAAGCAUUCACUGCAAUUUUUUUCACCGAUAAUAGGAUUAAUGCAGUACAAGAUUUACUGCAGCUAAAAAUGUAUAAAGAUAGGGCACCUCUUUCCCAAGAGAUUUUUAAAAAUUUAUUACUGUACACUGAGCCACACUGCUACUCUUUGCCCACUGGGCAACUUCUAAAUUUAUGGAAGUCCUACAAGUAAAAUGAGAGGCUCAGAUUCCUACUGAUCAUUUCAUUUAUUUGCAUGAAUAGAUAUGAGAUGCUCCCUGUGGCUGUUCCUUUCAGACAGCAUAGCUAAUGGCGAUGGAUUAUCGGAGUUUUAGUCCAAAAAGAUCUUGGGCGACCCUCAGUUGCCUAUCUCUGUACUAGAGGGAAGGAGAUAUUGGAAACGUUUUCUACAAGAUGGUUGAUAGUGCAGAAUGUUAUGCUUAGAUGAACCCAUAACAUGGAGUCCGCAUAUUUUGAGAAGUUCUGUCCCCUUUAUAAUACCAACUUAGCUUGGCACCUGUUUAGUGGCAUUCCUCACAUAGUAGCAGUGGGCUUGUGAGUACAGCUUUAUACAUUAAUCAAUGUACUGGGGCUAAUUCUGUCUCUUAUCCAAAGCAGUAAUAGGUUUUUCUUUCAGUUAUAUUGUCGAGUGCUUUCAAAACAAAAACUGCUAAAACAUGAUAGGUCCUUUGAUGCUCAUCUAUACCAUUUUAGUAUAUGAGAUGCUAAGUGUAUGUUUUGAAUGUAUAAUCUUUGAUAACAUACUCACCAAGAUGAUGAUUUUAAUUAUAUCUUUUGGAAAAAUAAAAAUAACCCACUAAUGAA